GACCCUGCGUAGCGUGCUAGCGUGUUUCGUGAGAAAAGUGUUUUUUUAGCCUACAUUACUAAGUUGUUGUGAUUUGUGAAGAUAGCUUCCACUGAACCCGAAAAAACACCAUCAUCACAAGAUGUAUCGUCUCAAUUUUCAUCCCAGCCGCAUUAUAGAGGAAAAGUUUAUCCAAGUUGGUCUCAUUGUAAGCAGGUUAUGGAGCAAGGGAAAACUGUGAAUAUGUGUCUUCAUUGUAAUAAGAUUAUUAGGGGAGGUGGGAUAAAUCGGUUGAAGUUUCAUUUGGCUGGAGAAAAAGGGCAAGUUGAAGCAUGUAAGAAAGUUCCAGCUGAGAUUCGUGCUCAGAUGAAGCAAAAUAUUGAUGAAAACAAGAAAAAGAAAAGAAAAGUUCAAGAGCAAGAUCACGAAGGUGGUGAACAUGUUGAUGACUUGAGAAUAACAAAUGAUCAAGUGCAACAAAUUGCAAAUUUAUCAAGGAAAUCACCUCUUAUUUCUGAAAAGGGGAAGAGUAUCAAUUCCUCAGGUUCUUAUUUUAUCCCAAGAACAACUCCUGGAGCUCAACCGACUUUAAAAAGUGUGUUACAAAGCAAAGAAGUGAUUCGAAAAGCUCACCUUGCUAUAUCAAAAUGGAUGGUUCAUGCGCGUCUCCCAUUUAAUGCAGCCAACUCACCUUAUUUUCAAGAAAUGUUUGAUGUUGUAUGUAGCUUAGGUGCAGGAUUUAAAGCUCCAUCAUAUCACAUGCUACGUGGUGAUUUGCUAAAUAGCCAAGUUGAUGAGGUGAAGAAACUUCUUGAGAGCUAUAGAGCUGUUUGGAAGCAUACUGGAUGCACUAUUAUGGCAGAUGGAUGGACUGAUCGUUGUAGGCGCACUCUUAUUAAUUUUCUGGUUUAUUGCCCAAAAGGAACAUUUUUUGUGAAUCUAUUGAUGUUAUUAGAGGCUGAGUUUCCUAAGAUAUUUUGGUCUCUGUGUGCUGCUCAUUGUGUUAAUCUAAUGUUCCAAGAUAUUGGCAAGUUAGAUGAUGUAAUUGAAGUUGUGGAACAUGCUGCAAAAAUCACCAAUAUAUUGGCUCAAAAAGAUGCACUAAGAGAAAUGGUAACAUCAAGAGAUUGGAUAAGUUCAGCUUAUUCCAAGGAUGUGAAGGCAAAAAAAUUUGUGGAGCAAGUGUUAGACUCUAAAUUUUGGAAACAAUGUGCUGAUAUUGUAAAACUUACUGAGCCACUUGUACGUGUAUUACGUAUUGUUGAUAGUGAAGAUAAGCCUGCCAUGGGUUUUCUUUAUCAGGCCAUAAUUAAAGCUAGAGAGGAGAUGGUGAGGAGAUUUCAAAGAAAUAAGAAGAAGGUGGAGCCAUAUUUGAAAAUCUUAGAUACUCGUUGGGAUUCACAGCUUCGUAAAAAUUUACAUGCUGCAGGUUAUUGGUUAAAUACAGGAUGUCAUUUUAAUAUAGAUAAAUUUGAAAAAUAUGAGUUCACAACAUCUGGCCUCUUGGAUGUCCUUGAGAGGUAUUCUUUUGGGAAUUCUGAGUUGCAAGCUAAAUUGACAAAUGAGAUGAGGAUAUUCAAAGCUGCUGAAGGUGAUUUAGGAAGGCAAUCUGCUUUACGUGAACUAAAUACAGUGAUGCCAGAUAAAUGGUGGGAAUGUUAUGGCUUUGGUGCACCAAACUUGAGAAAAUUAGCAAUUCGUAUCCUAAGCCAAACUUGUAGUGCCUCGGGCUGUGAGCGAAAUUGGAGUAUAUUUGAGCAUAUUCAUUCAAAAAAGAGAAAUAGGUUGCACCACAAAAAGCUUAAUGAUCUUGUCUAUGUUUGUUGCAACUUGAACCUGCAAACAAGGGAUCAAACGAAGCGCCAAAAUUAUGACCCAAUUGAUUUGGCAAUGAUUGAGGAGCAUUCUGAUUAG